AUGGCAGGUUACUUUUAUCCGGAAAUUCUGUUUCAGGCAGUGAUAAUAGUUUCUUAUUUUGUCCACGGUGGGCUCUCGGGUUUGGGCGAGUCCGAGUGUUUGAGGGUCCCCCAAUCAAAAUUUUCGCAGACAGUGGGGACCACAAUUAGCGAAGUCCGGCACGUGGUCAAUACCAUAUCUAAAUUUUCCGGCAAUGUUACCGAUUACCGACUUAACAACGCCACUGCCGACUGCCUAUACUUGAUGGACUUCACCGUUGAUCUGUUGACAUCCUCCCUCUCUGUUUCCAUGAAUCCAAAUGGCAACAAUGAAGGCACCGGAAAUGCGAACGCGGACAUGAGAUGCUGGCUAAGUGGAGCACUUGCGAACCAAGACACCUGCAGAGAAGGGUUUGAGGGCACAAACAGCCGACUCCAAACCCUAAUCUCCGGCAGCCUCGAUCAGAUCACCUCCUCCGUCGGGAAACUUCUUUCAAUGGUCAGUCCAGACCCUCCGCCCGGCCCUUCCAAGGGAGACUUUCCCAACUGGUUGAAACCGGAAGACCGGAAACUACUCCAGUCCACCGGAAGCAUGGCCGCCAAUGCCGUGGUGGCGGCGGAUGGCACUGGAAAUUUCACGAGCAUUCAAGCGGCAGUCGAGGCAGCACCGGCGCACAGCCGCACGAGGUUCAUGAUCUACGUAAAGGGAGGCGUUUACAGGGAGUACGUGCAUAUUGACAAGAAGAAAUGGAACAUUAUGUUGGUGGGAGAUGGGAUAGAUGCCACCGUGAUCUCCGGGAGCCGCAACUAUGCCGCCGGCUGGACCACCUUCAGCACGCCCACGUUCACCGCCAGUGGGCGAGGCUUCAUAGCCCGAGACAUGACGUUCGAGAACACGGCAGACCCGGAAAUGCACCAAGCCGUUGCAUUCCGUUCCGAGUCCGACCUAUCUGCGCUGUACCGGUGCGGGUUUAGAGGGUUCCAGGACACCCUUUACCCUCACAACUUGCGCCAAUUUUACCGGGAGUGCAAAAUCACAGGCACGGUGGACUUCAUCUUCGGCCACGGCACAGUCGUCUUCCAGAACUGCGAGAUGGUGGCACGCAAAGGACUCCCCAAUCAAAAGAACACCAUCACUGCCAAUGGGCGGUCCGACUUGGGCGAAAGUUCGGGAUUUUCAAUCCAGUUCUGUAACAUCACGGGGGAGCCGGAGCUGAUGUCAUCUCCACGCUCCAACCCAACUUACCUCGGCAGGCCCUGGAGAAAGUACGCUAGGACGGUCGUGAUGGAGUCGUACAUCAACAAUGUGAUCCGGGUCGAGGGGUGGUUGGAGUGGGAUAAGAGUUUUGCACUGGACACUUUGUAUUACGGGGAGUACAAGAAUUAUGGGCCGGGAGCUGGAUUGGUGGGGCGGGUUAAUUGGACCGGUUACCAUGUGAUUAAUGACCCGGGUGAGGCGGAUAAGUUUACGGUGGCUCAAUUCAUCAAUGGGAACAAUUGGCUGCCUUCCACCAGGGUGAGGUACACGGCGGGGUUGGAGAUGAAGAUCUUCGUGUGGACCGUGGGGACUAUUCUGGCGGCUGGCCUAUUGGCUGGAUUCAUCACCCUGAUCGUAAAGACGGUGCCGCGCCACCACCACCGUCCGCCGCCACCGGAUAACUACACGCAGGCCCUGAACAAGGCGCUCAUGUUCUUCAAUGCUCAGCGCUCUGGAAGACUCCCAAAGCACAAUAAUGUCUCAUGGAGAGGAAACUCGUGUUUAAAUGAUGGGAAGUCCGAUUCUUCAACUCUAUUUAAAGAUCUUACUGGUGGCUAUUAUGAUGCUGGGGAUGCAAUCAAGUUCAAUUUCCCGCAGUCUUUUGCAAUGACCAUGUUGAGUUGGAGUGUGAUUGAGUACAGCGCAAAAUAUGAAGCAGCUGGGGAGCUUAACCAUGUGAAAGAGGUUAUCAAGUGGGGAACAGAUUACUUCCUCAAGACUUUUAACCAUACUGCUGAUACAAUAGAUCGAGUUGUGGCACAAGUUGGUAAGGGGGACACCUCAGGUGGGCCGGAGCCCAAUGAUCACUACUGUUGGAUGCGUCCGGAGGACAUUGAUUAUGAUAGGCCCGUUACCGAAUGCCACAGUUGCUCGGACCUUGCUGCCGAGAUGGCUGCUGCUUUGGCUUCGGCAUCUAUUGUCUUCAAGGACAACAAAGCCUAUUCACAGAAGCUUGUCCAUGGUGCCAGGACCCUCUUUAAGUUCUCAAGGGACCAGCGUGGUAGGUAUAGUGUGGGGAAUGAGGCGUCCAUGUUUUAUAAUUCGACAGGUUAUUGGGACGAGUUUAUUUGGGGUGCGACUUGGUUGUAUUAUGCUACGGGUAAUUCGUCCUAUCUUCAGCUUGCUACGACUCCAGGCCUUGCUAAACAUGCUGGUGCUUUCGCCGGGGGACCAUUCUAUGGGGUACUGAGUUGGGACAAUAAGCUUGCUGGUACCCAAGUGCUUCUUAGUCGUUUAAGGUUAUUUCUCAGUCCCGGGUAUCCUUAUGAAGAAAUCUUGAGGACGUUCCACAAUCAGACCAGCAUAUUUAUGUGCUCGUUUCUACCUUAUUACACAUCGUUCAACAGAACACGAGGUGGCAUGAUCCAGUUGAACCAUGGGGCCCCUCAGCCGCUUCAGUAUGUUGUACAGAAGAGUCGUCACAACGUCAAUGACCGUAAUUUGGUGGGUUCGCUUUCGACAUCAUACGUGGUCGACUCAUUUACGAAAACUCGAUAUGCAUGGUUGAAAGAAGAUGCAAAUGGUUGGAAUGACGUUAUUAUCCAAUUUAUCGAGACUAACGGGGUAGUUUAUGAGGAUGAUUAUGGGGUUCACGAUCCAAAGCGCCAUAACUGCAACCGAUUUCUUCGCUUUAGGAGGCGGAAUCAGCAGUACCCGAGGGUGAAGAUGAUUCCAAACAGCACCCAAGAGCUCGAAGAGAUGUCGACGGAGUCAAUCAGGGAGUUCAAGUGA